AUGACAAGGAUAAGGCAAUCACAGCUAGUCAGAGGAAGCAAGUCUAGCCCCAAGAAGGCAGAAACAGCAAAGAAAAGGGACCAAGCCAAAGAAGCAGACCAGAGUAACGAGAAAAGAGGAAAAACAGAGGCAGGAGAAACAGAGAGAAAAUCAAAGCAAAAUUCAGGAGCCAACGAGACAAAACAAACGCAGAAAGAGAAGGAGACCGACCAAUACCAGAAGAGAGCAGCCGAGAAGAGAAGUACAACGAUGGACGAGCGAAAGGAAAAACAAGCCUCACAAAGCCAGGAAAAGACGCAGCAGCCAGAGAGAAUGAAGAGAGAGAAUACACACAAUAACAGUCCAAGAGGCUUAGCAGAAGAGCAAGGGAAAAUAAAAAGGAAAGCCACAGAGAGAGCUAGCAAUAGGAAGAGAGGAGCCUAG